AUGGAUUAUGUUGCAAACGUGGUUCAACGUGCAUCUAAAAUUAACAAAUUUGUCUACAAUCAUAUUUUUGUACUCUCAAUGCUAAGGAAGAAACCUGAUUGGACUAAGAUAGUACGUCCUAGAACCACUCGUUUUGCAACUAAUUUCAUUGCAUUGGGUAGCAUUUUGAAGCGCAUGCCCGAUUUGCAAAAUUUGGUGACAAAUCGAAGUUUUAUUGAUUCUAGGUAUGCCAAAGAUGCAAAGAGGAAUGAAGUAAUACAAAUAGUUUUGGAUUAUGAAUUUUGGGCACAAUGCAAAAUGAUUGUAAGUUUCACAUCACCUCUUGUUAGUGCAUUGAGACUUGCAGAUUCUGAGUUUAGGCCUACAAUGGGAUAUAUGUAUCGUGCUAUGUUGAAGGAAAAAGAAUCAAUGAAAAAGUUUUUUAAUUAUAAGAAUGCUGAAUAUGGCCCAAUCAUGGACAUUAUUGAUAGAAGAUGGAAUAGACAAAUGGGUAAGAGGCUUCAUCUUGCAGGGUAUUAUUUUUACUCGGCCUUCCAAUAUGAUCCAAAAUCAAAAGUUAAAUCCCCGGAUGUUAUGCCUGCAGUUUUUGAUGUCAUUGAAAAGCUUGCAAUCAAAUCAGAUGAUGCGGUGAUAAAGCUGAACAAAGAGCUUACUCUUUUUGAAGAUUAUCAUGGUAAUUUUGGAAGACCUUUCUUAGCGAAGGCAUUUAAGUCAAUGCCUCCAGGUGAAUGGUGGUCGAUAUUUGGUUGUAACACUCCAAAUUUGAAAAGGGUUGUUGUACAAAUCCUUAGCCAAAUGUGUAGCUCAUCUAGAUGUGAAUGCAAUUGGAGUGUUUUUGAACGUAUACACACAAAGAGAAGGAAUAGGAGAAAAACUAAAAGUCUUGACCCAAUUGGGCAUGAAUAUGCUGAUGUUGUGGAAGAUUGGAUAGUGCACAAUGAUGAGGAUCCUCCAUUACUUGAUGGCAAUGAGAAUGAUGAUAUGUUUAAAGUUGAUGAUACAACACUUCUAAUAAUGGAAUCACCAUUAAGAAAAAGAGCUAGGACUGAUGAUGAUGAUGAUGAAUUUUUCAUUGAGCAAUGGGGAAUCAUGGAGAAAAAUGUAGCCAACACCCAAGUUGGAGAUGUAGAUGAAACACAACCCCCUAAAGAUGAAGAUGAAAAUGAUGGUGAAAUACCACCUGGCUUUGGUUGUUAUGCUGAUCCCACUAUAGUUGAUGUACUUUCUGAAAUGCGAAUUAUGCAUUCAACAUUUUUAGCAAGGCUGGAAAAGAUGGAUGGAGUUCACUUGGAGGCAUUGUUGAUUGUUCUAUUAUGCAUUACAAGUAAGAAAUACACUCAUUGUGAUUACUCAACUACAAUGUCUGAAUCUUCAUCGUUACCAUACUCAUGA